AUGACGCAGUUGCAUGACGUUGCGUCUUCCCCAUUAGGGAUUCAUCAUGAAGGUGACGAAGCUGUUAUUCCUUUUUGGCAAGGAAUUCCGCAUUGUUCCUACAUUGAUUGGAGUUAUCAGAGCGAACAAGAAUCUUGCACUGACGGUACGGUCUUAGAAUCGGGUUCAAUACAAGGAAUGAUAAAGGAAGAACCAUCUGUGUCAAUCUCUUUGGUGCAAGAAAGGAUAACCGCUAAAUAUGGCUUUAAAGUUUCCUACAGAAAGGCGUGGUAUGCGAAGCAGAAAGCGAUCGCAAUUAUGUACGAGCAGAGCUUAGUUACUGGAAAGAAGGUGUUUCAUCGCAUAUUUUGGAUGUUUAGACAGUGUUGUGAGGCGUUCAAAUUUGCCAAACUCGUCAUUCAAAUUGAUGGAACACAUUUAUAUGGGAAGUACAAAGGCAAGACCUUGGAUGCAUGGAACUAUUUUCUUGUUAAUAUUCGUGCUCGUGUUACUGACAUGUCAAACAUAUGUUUGAUCUCCGAUCGGCAUCGUAGCAUAAUAUCUACUGUGGAGAAUAACCCUAAUUGGCAGCCACCAAAUGCAUAUCACGUCUUUUGUAUUCGUCAUAUUGCAAGCAACUUCAAUCAAAAGUUUCGGAAUGAAGGUUUAAAGCAUAUGCUAAAGAAUUUAGGUUAUAUUCCGGCCAUCGUUGAUUUUGAAAGGAAUCUUGCGAGCUUCCGUGAAAGUAGUCCUCAAAUUGCUGAGUGGAUUGAUGACAUUCCUAAGGAAAAGUGGUCGCGAGCCUAUGAUAUUGAAGGACGGAGGUACGGUCAUAUGACAACAAACUUGGCUGAAUCUGUCAAUAGGGUUUUCAAGGGGGCCAGAAAUAUCUCUAUAACUGCAUUGGUUAAGCAUACAUAUAGCAGAUUGGUUGCAUAUUUUGUUGAGAGAGGAACAAAUGUCGUUGCACAACUUCAAUCAGCUCAUCGUCACUCCAAAAAUGUUGUUGAAUUGGUCAAGAAGAACCAAGUAGAUGCAACAGGCCACCACGUUCGUGCAUACAAUGUUGAACAUACUGUCUUCGAGGUUAACGCAGGUUGGGAGCGUUCAUAUUCUGUCAACCUCCCACAGAGAUUCUGUCAGUGUGGAAAGUUUAAGGCCUUUAAGUAUCCGUGUAGUCACGCCGUUGUUGCUGCAUUAAGUGUUAGGCAGAGUGCGUUCACAUACGUUGACGAUGUCUUCUUGACAACAAACUUGGUCGAGGCUUAUUCUUUUUCGUGGGAGUCAAUCGGAAAUGAGGAAGCAAUACCUGAAAUUAGUGGUCCAAAGAUUAUUCCUGAUGCCACUAUGUUGCGCGCAAAAGGUCGUCCAAAGUCAACUCGCAUCCGCAACGAGAUGGACGAAGUUGAGACAAGUCAAAGCCGUAUCAGGUGUGGACUUUGCAAGGAACGCGGCCAUAAUCGUCGGGGAUGUCCAAGUCGUGGGAGAAACGACUAA